AUGCGGGAAUCCAACUUUGCAUUCCCAGCGCAGAAUCGGGCCUGCGUAUGCAUCUCUUCCCAGCUUUACGACCGCAGAGCCCUUGACACGAAUUCCCCUUUGCCAUUGUUCAACUCGCUGACCCACCUCACGUAUCUGACGUCCACCUCCCCCCGCAUUCGCGAGAUUAUGACCAUGGAUGGCGGGCUCGAACGCCUUGUUCGCAUCCUUCAUGACUUUUGUAUCUGUCCUCCUCCGCCUGAAAACCCAACACUGUUCUAUGGACUCUCGCCACCGUCGUCGCAUCCGCUCAAGCUAACGCCGACGCUAAAUCCGAAGCAGUUCGACAAGCAGGCCCAGUACCGCUUCAGCCUCGCAUUUCAGUGCGUCGUCAACAUCGGCGUGCGCGGGAGU